AUGGCUUGGCCAUUGACGGUUUACGAGCCAUUCGAGGGGAACACGAAAGAAGAGUUUAACGCGCACGUGCCCAAGGAGCAAGAGUUUUUGUUAUGCCACAACUGUGGAUGGACCGUAUAUCAUCAGGUACAUUACUGGUACGUUAGUCACAUCAAGGUCAUGUGCAAUGGAGCCAGGGGCAUUUGGUUUAUUGGCGAUGAUUAUAUCUUGAAAGAAAGAGCCAUUUUGGAAUAUGGGCGAGCUAGCGUCAUGGGCGCUGAUGUUUCGAUCUCCAAAUUUUUGACCGAAAACUCUACUGUACCUGUAGUAAAAUACAUACACCAUUGGAAAGACAGCAAGAGUCAUUUCACGAUGGCCGAGAGGAUUCCGGGCGAUUCGCUAAGGGUAGCUGGGAAUAGUAUGAGCAAGGAUGAGAUACGAGUCAUUGCCAAAGAAGUCGUCGAGCAUCUUAUAGAGGUGCGCAAGUUUACAUCACCAAAGAUAGGAGCUCCAGACGGUUCGAACAUAAGAGAUAGGGUGAUAAGUUCUAAUGAGAGGGUACAGUUCGUGACGGAUGAUUUUGAGAAGUGGUGGACUCGGGCAAAACUUCGGUUGUCAAAGGAACAAACUGAACGGUGGAACGACGUCAUCAAGGAAAUAUAUCCUAUCAAAGGAGGACCAUACGUGCUCACACAUGGAGAUUUGGAUGCGAGUAACAUAAUGGUAAAAGAUGGGCAUCUCACCGGUAUCAUCGAUUGGGAAGCGGGGGGGUAUUUGCCAGAAUGGUGGGAGCUAGUAGCGAAUAGCGUGAUGUUACCGCCCUUAUGGGGCUUUUGUUUUAGAGAGGAAUGGAAAACUCAAAUUGGGCCAUUGCCAGAGGAAGAAAUCCAAUUUGCCAGGACUUUCAAGAAUUUCUUCAAGGAAUACUAUCCCAGACAAAUUGAACCAGAGCCGUUCUUCGAUCAAGACUCUUAUAUCAAAUGUCCCAAUUACAGUCGCUAUCUGAAAGAAUCAAGAGAUGGAUUUGCAUCAACCGUUCGUCAACGUGAGAGCCGUAAGAAAGAAGCUGCUAAAGAAGAGAUUGCGGCAUUAGCGGCUUUGAAAAAAUUAGGCUUGGAUGAAAAAGAAAAGGUCACAGAUUGA